AUGACUUUCUUGUCGCUGCUACUUACGAUUCCCUUCGCCGCACAAGCUCUGGCACAAAACACAAACUUGACCUUUUCAUUCUCACCAUCCACACUGAACACCUGUGCGACAAAUGGCUCAACGGAAGCCGUCACAUUCACCACAAGCAGCGUUCCUGCCACAUACCAAUGCUUCAACCUCGAAGAUCUGUUUUCUUCCAGCACAUCAAGCAGCUACGGCUCUCGUACGACACAAUCACCUCAAUCUUCAGUCCCCUACGAGGAAAUAGCUUGGCGUCUCUUCAACACGGAUGCAUACUCAAACCAACUCAACUAUUCAAGAGUCUGGUACCAACAACAAAAUGUGACAUCACCGAACCAAGGUGAAGAUGCCACACGCCUGCUUGAAGUGUUUAGCGGACGGAAUUGUCAACAAACGAAUGCUUCUGCAGAGACCGUGCAUCCUAUCCUGGGUUGGACAUGCCAAAGUUCAGGGAAUGGAGAUUGUUACGAGGCUCCAUACAAUAUCAUGAGUUUCCAGGUCGGCUCAGCAGCGGCGGUGAAUAGUCAGUACAAGAAGUGCUGGACUGCAUCAACAGGCAUGGGUCCAGAGAGACCGGGGAGUGGAAAGGCUGCUGCUGCCGUGGGAGCUGUUGCUAUAUUGUUUGCUGGCAUACUAAGCUGGUGA